CCCACCGGUUCUCUCCUUUGCACCGAAGACACAAGGAAUACCAUCACCAUGAACGUUCUCGUUGUCCUCGCUACACUUGUCGCGUGUGCCUACGCUGGCGGAUACGGUGGCUACGGUGGAGGCUAUGGAGGUGGCUACGGUGGUGGCUACGGUGGUGGCUACGGUGGUCACGGUUACGGAGGAGGCCUCGCCUUUGUCGGGGGCGGUUACGGCGGUGGAUAUGGAGGUGGAUAUGGAGGUGGAUACGGAGGCGGGCAUGGCGGUGGCCACGCUGUUGCCGUUCCCGUCAAGACGGUCUCUUACGUGAAGAAACCUGUCGUCAGUGUUGGCUAUGUGACCAAACCCGUGGUGAGCUACGUGAAACAGCCCGUAGCCACCGUUUCGCACACAGUCCAGCCUGUGGUGACUGUAAGCCACGCUCUCGUCAGCACUGGAGGCUACGGCGGCGGCUACGGAGGCUACGGCGGAGGUUUAGGCGGCUACGGCGGUGGUUACGGAGGCUACGGCGGUGGCUAUGGAGGCGGAUACGGCGGAGGCUACGGUGGAGGCUAUGGCGGUGGUUUUCUGGGAGGCAAAGGCUACCACGGUUGAAGCAACCUAGAACAAGCCAACAUUUUCUAACGGUACAAAGCCAAAGGGUCCCACUCAGCGUUGACGAAGCAAACCACCUGCGGCCAAGGCCAUUUGGCAUGUGUAUUUAUUUGAAAGCUGCAUUAAAGCGAAUGUUUAUUUUCUUAAAAAA